AUGUUGGCGAGCUCUGGUUCCGUUGUUCAACUCCGAACCAAACCUUCCCUCGCAUCUCAGCUCAAUGCCACGCCGAUAGCGAGGCUCGGAAGCAGAGCCGCCGCAUGCUCUGCUACCAGGAAAUCCACCAAGGCUUUGGCCAACAAGUUCUUCGGGACCCGAUUGCGGUCCGCCGGAUCCGAGAAGCUCCACUUAUGGCGAUCCGACGGUCCCGGCCGCUCGCCCAAGCUUCGGGUCGUCGUCCGCUCCUUACUCUCCGCCGUUCCCGAGAAACCCCUCGGCCUAUACGACCCGUCGUUCGAUAAGGACUCGUGUGGGGUUGGUUUCGUCGCUGAAUUGUCCGGCGAAGGCAGCCGCAAAACGAUUACGGAUGCUUUGGAAAUGUUGGUGCGUAUGGCACACAGAGGAGCUUGCGGGUGUGAAACGAAUACUGGUGAUGGAGCUGGGAUUCUCGUCGGUCUUCCUCACGACUUCUACAAGGAGGUUGCCAAGGAUGUUGGGUUUGAGCUUCCACCGGCAGGGGAAUAUGCUGUUGGAAUGUUUUUCUUGCCCACAUCUGACAGUCGAAGAGAAGAAAGCAAAAAUGUAUUUACAAAGGUUGCAGAGUCUCUUGGACAUACUGUUCUUGGAUGGCGAUCUGUUCCGACAGAUAACUCAGACUUGGGGAAGUCUGCUUUGCAGACAGAACCUGUUAUUGAGCAAGUGUUUCUUACCCCAACUCCAAGGUCAAAACUUGACCUCGAGCGACAGAUGUACAUACUCAGAAGGGUUUCAAUGGUUGCCAUCCGAGCUGCAUUAAGCCUUGAACAUGGUGGUGCUAAAGACUUCUAUAUAUGUUCCCUUUCCUCAAGGACUGUUGUUUACAAAGGUCAGCUGAAGCCCAUUCAGCUGAAGGAUUACUAUUUUGCAGAUCUUGGCAAUGAAAGGUUUACGAGCUACAUGGCCCUGGUACACUCACGGUUCUCAACAAAUACUUUUCCCAGCUGGGAUCGUGCUCAGCCUAUGCGUGUCAUUGGCCACAAUGGAGAAAUCAAUACCCUUAAAGGAAAUGUUAACUGGAUGAAGGCACGCGAGGGACUGCUUAAGUGUAAGGAACUUGGUCUAUCAAGAAAUGAGUUAAAGAAGCUGUUACCAAUUGUGGAUGCCAGUUCUUCUGAUUCAGGAGCUUUUGAUGGCGUCCUUGAGUUUCUGGUUCAAGCUGGCAGAAGCCUUCCUGAAGCUAUGAUGAUGAUGAUUCCUGAAGCAUGGCAAAAUGACAAGAACAUGGAUCCUCAUAGGAAAGCGCUGUAUGAAUAUUUCUCAUCUCUCAUGGAGCCAUGGGAUGGGCCAGCUCUUAUAUCAUUUACUGAUGGUCGCUAUUUGGGAGCUACACUGGAUCGUAAUGGACUUCGGCCUGGUCGAUUUUAUGUCACCCACAGUGGACGAGUUAUUAUGGGCAGUGAAGUUGGUGUAGUAGACAUUCCUCCAGAAGAUGUCAGUAGGAAAGGAAGACUUAACCCUGGAAUGAUGCUUUUGGUGGAUUUUGAGAAUCAUAUUGUUGUAGAUGAUGAAGCUUUGAAGCAGCAAUACUCGUUGGCAAGGCCAUACGGGGAGUGGCUUGAAAGGCAAAAGAUUGAGCUCAAGGACAUAGUAGCUUCUGUUCAAGAAUCUGACAGGGUCCCUCCAUCCAUAGCGGGAGUUAUUCCUGCAUCUACUGAUGAUGAAAACAUGGAAAACAUGGGAAUCCAUGGUUUAUUGGCACCAUUGAAAGCUUUUGGCUAUACACUUGAAUCCCUGGAAAUGUUGUUGCUUCCCAUGGCAAAAGAUGGUGUAGAGGCUCUUGGGUCAAUGGGAAACGAUACCCCAUUGGCUGUUAUGUCUAACAGAGAAAAGCUUACAUUUGAGUAUUUCAAGCAAAUGUUUGCUCAAGUAACAAACCCUCCAAUUGAUCCCAUCCGAGAGAAGGUAGUCACUUCUAUGGAAUGCAUGAUUGGUCCGGAGGGUGAUCUGACAGAAACCACUGAAGAACAAUGUCAUCGUCUCUCACUCAAAGGUUCUCUUAUAACCAUAGAAGAAAUGGAAGCAAUCAAAAAAAUGAACUAUAGAGGUUGGCGUUGCAAAGUUCUUGAUAUAACUUAUUCCAAGGAACGUGGUAGGGAAGGAUUGGAGGAGACCUUGGAUAGAAUCUGUGCUGAAGCACAUGAAGCGAUUGAGAAGGGAUAUACCACACUCGUUCUUUCAGACAGAGCCUUCUCCCCAAAGCGUGUUGCUGUAAGCUCCCUCUUAGCUGUUGGUGCUGUUCAUCAACACCUAGUUAAAAAUCUUGAACGCACAAGAGUAGGGUUGAUAAUUGAAUCUGCUGAGCCACGUGAAGUACACCAUUUCUGUACACUAGUUGGUUUUGGUGCAGAUGCUAUCUGCCCAUACUUGGCUAUAGAAGCCAUUUGGAGACUGCAGGUUGACGGAAAGAUCCCAGCAAAAGCUAAUGGUGUAAUAUACUCAAAGGAUGAACUGGUUAAAAAGUACUUCAAAGCAAGCAACUAUGGAAUGAUGAAGGUUCUUGCCAAGAUGGGGAUAUCCACUUUAGCCUCUUACAAGGGUGCACAGAUUUUUGAAGCUUUGGGUCUUUCAUCAGAAGUAAUUGAGAGGUGCUUUGCAGGAACCCCUAGUAGAGUUGAGGGUGCAACAUUUGAGAUGCUUGCUCGUGAUGAACUUCAUUUGCACGAGUUGGCAUUUCCAUCUCGAACUUUUCCUCCAGGAAGUGCAGAAGCAGUUGCACUGCCAAAUCCUGGGGAUUAUCAUUGGAGAAAAGGUGGUGAGGUUCACCUAAAUGAUCCCUUCGCUAUUUCAAAACUUCAAGAGGCUGCUAGAACUAACAGUGUGGCUGCAUAUAAAGAAUACUCAAAGUUCAUUCAUGAAUUAAACAAAGCCUGCAAUCUCCGGGGUCUUCUGAAAUUUAAAAGCACAGAGCAGAUGAUUCACUUGGAUGAAGUGGAACCUGCCAGUGAGAUUGUAAAACGGUUCUGUACUGGUGCUAUGAGUUAUGGAUCAAUAUCAUUGGAGGCACACACUACACUGGCCAUGGCUAUGAACAGAAUUGGAGGAAAGUCAAAUACAGGUGAGGGAGGUGAGCAGCCGUCUCGUAUGGAGCCACUUCCAGAUGGUUCAAGAAACCCAAAGAGGAGUGCAAUUAAGCAGGUUGCUAGUGGCAGAUUUGGAGUUUCAAGUUACUAUCUUACGAAUGCUGAUGAACUGCAGAUAAAAAUGGCUCAGGGGGCCAAGCCUGGUGAAGGAGGUGAGCUUCCUGGGCACAAGGUUAUUGGAGACAUUGCUGUUACAAGGAAUUCUACUGCUGGUGUGGGUCUUAUCAGUCCACCUCCCCAUCAUGAUAUCUACUCGAUUGAAGACCUUGCUCAAUUAAUUCAUGAUCUUAAGAAUGCUAACCCGACAGCUCGAAUUAGCGUAAAGUUAGUAUCUGAAGUAGGUGUGGGAGUAGUUGCUAGUGGAGUUGUGAAGGGGCAUGCUGACCAUGUGUUAAUCUCUGGACAUGAUGGAGGCACAGGGGCCUCUAGAUGGACGGGUAUUAAGAAUGCUGGGCUUCCAUGGGAACUUGGUUUGGCUGAGACGCAUCAAACCUUGGUUGCUAAUGAUCUUCGCGGUCGCACAACUCUUCAGACAGAUGGCCAACUAAAAACUGGAAGAGAUGUUGCCAUAGCCGCACUUCUGGGUGCAGAAGAGUUUGGUUUCAGCACAGCACCCCUCAUAACUCUUGGCUGCAUUAUGAUGCGGAAGUGCCAUAAGAAUACCUGUCCUGUUGGCAUUGCAACCCAAGAUCCAGUACUUCGUGAGAAGUUUGCAGGAGAACCAGAACAUGUCAUUAAUUUUUUCUUUAUGGUAGCAGAAGAAUUGAGAGAAAUAAUGUCACAGCUUGGUUUCCGUACUUUAAAUGAGAUGGUUGGUCGUUCAGAUAUGCUUGAAGUCGAUAAAGAAGUGACUAGAAACAAUGAAAAGCUUGAUAACAUUGAUCUAUCCUUAUUACUUAGACCUGCAGCAGACCUUCGGCCUGAUGCUGCACAAUUUUGUGUCCAGAAACAGGAUCAUGGUUUGGACAUGGCUCUUGACCACAAACUAAUUUCUCUGUCCAAGGCUGCUAUUGAAAAGUCUCUUCCUGUAUACUUUGAAACAACCAUUUGCAAUGUGAAUCGUGCUGUUGGGACAAUGCUUAGCCAUGAGGUGACCAAACGUUACAACAGGGAAGGGCUUCCUGCUGACACUAUCCAUAUCAAAUUCAAUGGAAGUGCAGGACAAAGUCUCGGAGCAUUCCUGUGCCCAGGUAUCAUGCUUGAGCUUGAAGGUGACAGCAAUGAUUAUGUUGGAAAAGGAUUGUCAGGUGGAAAGAUUGUUGUUUAUCCUCCCAAGAAAAGCAAGUUUGAUCCAAAAGAAAAUAUUGUGAUCGGUAAUGUUGCUCUUUAUGGUGCAACUAGUGGAGAGGCAUACUUCAAUGGAAUGGCAGCAGAAAGAUUCUGUGUUCGCAAUUCUGGGGCUAGGGCAGUUGUCGAAGGAGUUGGGGAUCAUGGUUGUGAAUACAUGACGGGUGGCACUGUUGUGGUGCUUGGGAAAACUGGCAGGAACUUUGCUGCUGGUAUGAGUGGUGGUAUUGCCUACAUUCUUGAUGUGGAUGGACAAUUUCGGUCCCGAUGCAAUCUCGAGCUUGUAGAUCUUGAUAAACUUGAAGAAGAAGAUGUGAUGACCCUUAAAAUGAUGAUACAGCAGCAUCAGCGGCACACAAACAGCUUGCUGGCCAGUCAAGUACUGGCUGAUUUUGGCAAUCUUUUGCCUAAGUUUAUCAAGGUUAUCCCAAGAGAGUACAAGCGUGUUCUUGCAAAUAUGAAAGACGAAGCCUCCAAACAGGAUGCUGUUGAUGAAGCUGAGCAAGACGAACCAGAGUUAAUUGAGAAAGAUGCUUUUGAAGAACUUAAGAAGUUGGCAGCUGCAUCAUCAUUAAAUGGGAAAUCCAAUCAGACGGUAGAGGAUUCUGAAAUAUUUAAGAGGCCUUCUCAGGUCAGCGAUGCUGUCAAACAUCGCGGUUUUAUUUCUUAUGAGCGUGAGGGCGUUCAAUAUAGGGAUCCUAAUGUUCGGAUGAAUGACUGGAAGGAAGUUAUGGAGGAAACUAAACCUGGACCACUAUUAAAGACUCAGUCAGCCCGUUGCAUGGACUGUGGCACUCCUUUCUGCCAUCAGGAGAACUCUGGAUGUCCUCUGGGUAACAAAAUACCCGAGUUCAAUGAGUUGGUGUACCAGAAUAGGUGGCAUGAAGCAUUAGAGAGACUUCUAGAGACAAAUAACUUCCCUGAGUUUACUGGUCGAGUUUGCCCUGCACCUUGUGAAGGUUCCUGUGUUCUGGGUAUUAUUGAGAAUCCUGUAUCUAUCAAAAGCAUUGAAUGUGCCAUCAUAGACAAGGCUUUUGAGGAAGGUUGGAUGGUACCACGACCUCCUCUCAAGAGAACUGGGAAAAGGGUUGCCAUUGUUGGAAGCGGACCAGCUGGUCUAGCUGCUGCUGAUCAACUAAACAGAUUAGGCCAUACGGUGACUGUGUAUGAGCGUGCUGAUAGGAUUGGAGGGCUCAUGAUGUAUGGAGUUCCUAAUAUGAAGGCUGACAAAGUGGAUAUAGUUCAACGGCGGGUUAACCUUAUGGCUGAGGAAGGUGUCAACUUUGUGGUUAAUGCUAGUGUUGGAAAUGAUCCUUUGUACUCACUUGAUCGCCUUCGAGAGGAGAAUAAUGCCAUUAUUUUAGCAGUAGGAGCAACAAAACCAAGGGACCUUCCUGUACCAGGGCGAGAGUUGUCAGGUGUUCAUUUUGCUAUGGAGUUCCUUCACGCAAACACCAAAAGCUUACUAGAUAGCAAUCUUCAGGAUGGUAACUAUAUUUCUGCUAAGGGCAAGAAAGUUGUGGUAAUUGGUGGAGGUGACACUGGCACUGAUUGCAUAGGAACAUCCGUUAGACAUGGCUGUAGUAGCAUCAUAAAUUUGGAGCUUCUCCCUGAGCCACCACAAACAAGGGCUCCAGGAAACCCUUGGCCGCAGUGGCCUCGUGUAUUCCGGGUAGAUUACGGGCACCAAGAAGUUGCAGCUAAAUUUGGCAAAGAUCCAAGAUCUUAUGAGGUGCUUACUAAGAGAUUUGUGGGAGAUGAGAAUGGGGCUGUGAAAGGACUUGAGCUGGUUCGUGUCAAAUGGGAGAAGGAUGCUACUGGGAAGUUCCAAUUCAAGGAAAUCGAGGGCUCUGAGGAGAUCAUCGAGGUUGACCUAGUCCUACUAGCAAUGGGUUUCCUUGGACCUGAGGCGACGGUAGCAGAGAAGUUGGGGUUGGAGCGUGACAAUCGCUCAAACUACAAGGCAGAGUAUGGUCGGUUCUCAACCAAUGUGGAUGGGGUAUUUGCAGCUGGGGACUGCCGGCGUGGUCAAUCCCUGGUGGUGUGGGCAAUCUCAGAGGGGCGGCAAGCUGCGGCACAAGUUGACAAAUACCUCUCCAUUGAGGAAGAAGAAGACCACACCAUUAGCAAUGGGAGCCAUGAAAAUAUUUUGAAGAGGCAUCAAGAUCUUAGCAAGAGGAACACAGCCUCAUGGGUGAACCACUUCGUUCGUGAUGUGAUGGAGCUGAGGCCAGAAGGGACAGCAGAAGCAGGAGGGAGGUGGCUUCACUUUGGGGGCAACAAAGCCUUUCUAUUCUCGCAUAAUGAAAGUAGUUUUUUCAGCGGAGCCUGGGUAUAG